GGCUGUAACCAGAUCCCUCUUAACCCUUCUCAGCCCCCCUCACCCGUCUGGGAGCGGGGGGUGGCCAUGAAUGCGAGCCAGUGUGAGACAGCAUGUUUGUCAGUGUGUCUCCAUGUGUGUGUCUAUGAGGAUAUAUAUGCCCGCCACAGACCGUGCGGAGGACAUGUGGAUGUAAAGUUGCCUCUUUGACUGAGGCGGCGGGACUAGAGGAGCAACAGACGAGCAAAGCAAGGGAGGCACAUCCGCCCGAAACUAGCAACACACAGGGCAUGGCACUGUGUGGAGUCAAGGGACCACGCUUCUUGGGGCCCAAUGUGUACACAGAGGCCCCUGAUGGAGGCUGGGGAUGGGCAGUGGCUGUGGCCUUCUUCCUGGUGGAGGUUUUCACCUACGGUACCAUCAAGAGCUUCGGCAUCUUCCUCCAGGACCUGAUGGAGGAGUACGGGGAGACCAACAGUCGGGUCUCCUGGAUCAUUUCCAUCUGCGUGUUUGUCAUGACCUUCAAUGGUCCUCUCUCCUCUGUGAUGACUAACCGCUUUGGGUUCCAACUUGUUGUCAUGCUUGGAGGAUUACUUGUUUCUGCUGGUACCAUAGCCACCAGCUUUACCAUCUCUGUCAAUCAAAUGUACAUCACCUAUGGACUGGUCGCAGGUAUUGGGUACUGCCUGACCUUCCUGCCCACUGUGACCAUCCUCUCCCAGUACUUUAACCAUCGUCGGGCUCUAGUUACAGCUGUGGCUUCCACUGGAGAGUCCCUGUCCAUGUUCGCCCUGGCACCAGCCUUUUCUGCACUAAGGAACCAUAUUGGCUGGCGACACACCAUGGCAGUGAUAGGAGCUCUGCAAAGCAUCAUCAUCAUCUGUGGUGCUCUUCUGCGGCCAAUCAUCAUCAAACCCAGAGCGACUCAUAUGGCGGAGACUGAUAGAUUGUCCUCAAAGGAACUGGAGGCACUAAGUUCACAGGAGAACUUAGAAAGCACAAACCACGCAGACUCUUUGACAGGUAAUACCUCACAUGGACAGAAUACCUCCCACAGUCUGGAUAAUGAGCUCACCAGAGGCUCUGUGAGCACUGGAGACUCUGGUGUCCAGUCUUUGAAGGAAACGGAGGAAAAGACUUUGCUGGAAAAAGAAAAACAGACAUCUGUGGAAAACAGUGUGACAGAGUUAAAAGAGUCUGAGACAGACGAUAAACAGAACACAGAUGCAGAGAAACAGGUGAUGAAAGAUCAACUUAAAUCAGACGAUGAAAAGCUAUCUGCAAAGAAACUUCUAGAUUUCUCCAUCCUCAAAGAGUGCAGCUUCAUCCUCUACUCUAUGUUCGGACUGUUCGCCACACUCGGCUUCUUUGCCCCUCAACUCUACAUCAUCGAGCUGAGUGUGAGUCGAGGGGUGGAGCGGGACCGCGCAGCCUACAUGCUUUCUAUCAUGGCUGUGUCUGAAAUCUUGGGCCGCUUCGCCAUCGGUUGGAUCCUAACAAGGAGGCAGCUCAUGAAAAGGAAGCUGCUUGUGCUUCUGGCAUGUGUCAUUGCAAUGACCGCAGAUCUGGUGGGAUUUACCUUGGUCACGGAGUUCUACGGCCUGGCUGUAUGCUGUGCUUUGUAUGGGUUCUUAAUGGGAACACUAGCAUGCACUCACAUCCCCAUCCUGGCUGAAGAUGACGUGGUGGGCAUAGAGAGGAUGUCUUCAGCUGCUGGUGUCUAUGUGUUCAUACAAAGCUUUGCUGGGCUGGCUGGACCCCCCCUUGGUGGCUUGCUGGUGGAUGUGACUCAAAACUACGGAGCUGCCUUCUACUCUUGUGCAAUCGGCAUGGCAGUCAGUGCCGUGUUCUUAGGUUUGGUAAGACCUGCAAAGAGAGGAUUACUCUGCAGGAGAAGGAACUCAAAACACCCUGAAAACAUACAUCAAAGAACAGAGAACUCUGUGGAACAGAGUGCAGUAUGUGAACAGAACAAAAGAACGGAAAGUCCUCAAGAUUGCUCUGAAGUAGAUGACAACUUGGCCUGCAACCAAGUGGAUGCCACAAGAGACAGUGAGGAGGUUAUAAGUUUUGCUUGAGCUGAUAACGAUAGGGUAAGGGUGAUAAAAGAGUCAAGCCUUAUGAAGGUAAAAGGCUAUCUAAGGACAACUGCUGGCAAGUGCAAAAGUGUCAUGAGUACAAUGAAAACAAAGACCAAUAAUAAGUGUUGAGUGUAUAUGAUCUGUCAUUGUAGAUCUGAGCUCUGGGAGCAAGAUCUUUUGGACCACAAUAUGUAUGUGCCAAUGCUACCUUACAUAACUUGCAUACUAAACAUUGUUUUUUAGUACUGUUAAAAGAGUACUAUUAAAUCAGCUUUAAGUGAGUAAACUUUUGAUAUGGCCAUGCUUUAAAGGACAAUUUUGUGAGACGUGGAAGUAUGGAUGUGUUCAAAGUGAAACAAACCUUUAGUGGACAUGCCUCAGUUUUAGAUAUUCCACAACACUGAUACUUGAUGAACUAAUUGCCAGCUGGUGAUCAAUACUGCAAUGAUAACCGGAGACACUGUGACACAAAUGUAACUGCAUAACAAUAAAUUGCACAGAUUCUGUAACACGUGUUAUAGAAAAUACAUAAAGCUCAGGAGAUAACGUGUGUGAUUGAAAGUGUUUUUUUUAAUCAAACUGUUUCCAGGCUGAUGAUGUGCUAUUAUGUGUGAGGGGAUGUCAGACAAAUAUACAAAUAAAUACAAACUAUUUUUGUAUGGAAAAUUUGUUCAAUCGCAAUAAACCAACAGAGUGAUUUGAA